CAACACUAACAGACCGGCAAACAGCUGAGAUUGUUGUACUCGUUUUACUUGGUUAUUUAACACGCUUAAAAAAUGAAUUUUCUGUGGAAAGGACGCCGGUUUCUGAUCGCAGGCAUCCUGCCAACAUUCGAAGGCGCCGCAGAUGAAAUAGUCGAUAAGGAAAACAAAACAUACAAGGCCUUUCUGGCCAGUAAACCACCAGAGGAAACAGGACUGGAGCGCCUCAAGCAAAUGUUUACAAUCGACGAGUUUGGCAGCAUAUCCUCCGAGCUUAACUCGGUUUACCAGGCCGGCUUCCUAGGAUUCCUUAUUGGAGCUAUUUACGGCGGAGUUACACAAUCGCGCGUGGCCUACAUGAAUUUCAUGGAGAACAACCAGGCCACAGCAUUUAAAUCGCACUUUGAUGCCAAGAAAAAGCUGCAAGAUCAAUUCACAGUCAACUUUGCCAAAGGCGGCUUCAAAUGGGGCUGGCGAGUGGGACUUUUUACCACAUCCUACUUCGGCAUCAUCACUUGUAUGUCGGUGUACCGUGGAAAAUCCUCAAUCUACGAAUACUUGGCCGCUGGUUCCAUCACCGGCUCGCUUUACAAAGUGAGUCUUGGUCUGCGGGGCAUGGCGGCAGGUGGAAUCAUUGGAGGUUUCUUGGGCGGCGUGGCUGGUGUGACGUCGCUGCUGCUGAUGAAAGCAUCAGGGACCUCGAUGGAAGAGGUUCGCUACUGGCAGUACAAAUGGCGACUCGAUCGCGACGAAAACAUUCAACAGGCGUUCAAAAAACUGACAGAGGACGAAAACCCAGAGCUUUUCAAGGCCCACGACGAGAAAACAUCCGAACAUGUAUCGCUGGACACGAUCAAGUGAGUCCUGAGGACUUAAAGAAGACGCCAGUGUGAACUUAGUUACUUUUUUUAAUUUAAAUAAAUUGCAUAUAUGUCCAUCUAAAGUUACAUAGACAAGAAUACAUUUAAGGAAGCCCACUUUGGCGGCUGCUAUGCGAUGUUUCAGUUGAUGCCUAGUGCCUCUAAAGAUAUCGACUGACGUACGGACACAUAUAGACACGGGAUAGACACAACACAAAAGAAAUAAACGAUUGGAUACAAUAAAUUAAAUGCUCUGCUAGGAAACAGUACGUAGAAGGGCGAUAAACAGAAUUGACUCGGUGGGAUCGGGAUUCAGACUUAGUCCUCUGCGGUGGGACGCGUG